UCACGCACAGCACGAAGUACAUUUGGCUCCUUAAACCGGAAGUUAAGCUUCACACGACUUUUGUCUCUCAUUUGUUUUAGGUGCUCUAAACACACAAAGCCCAACCUGCAAGCUGUUGAGCUGUUUGUUCAUUGAUUCUGUUUGUGUGGAAGACACUGAAUUUGAUCACAAUCGACAAUCUACAGGAGGUUAAACUGACUUUGGGAAGUUAUCUAAGAUAUUUGAUUGUGAUCAGCUGUCACAGUUUGUCCACUGCUGACCAGAAAGAGACAUUCAGCCCUCAUACUCUGAAACGAUGAAGAUACCAGAUUCCAAGAAAACAUGGUGCAUAACAAUUAUAGUGGCUUUCUGCCUCUUCGGGUCUAUUUGGGGAUUCUUUCUCUAUUUUGAGCCUCCACCUCCUGUUUGUUCCCCUAAAAUCACACCUGCGGAAAAUCAUCUUGAUCAGGAUGAGAAGCCCAUAGUCCUGCUGUGGUUCUGGCCCCUGGAUGUGAGGUUUGAUGUCAAAAUGUGCUUAACCAAAUUCCAAACUGAUCACUGUAUUCUGACAGAUGAUAGAUCCCUCUACAGCAAGGCACAAGGAGUCAUUUUCUACCAUAACAACAUAGACUGGAAUAUGAAAAACAUGCCACAGGAGCCACGUCCAGCUUUUCAGAAGUGGAUUUGGUUCCAUCUGGAAUCGCCGACCAACACAGGAAAGAGACCGGGUCUGGUCAACCUGUUCAACUUAACAAUGAGCUACAGAAGAUAUGCUCGCAUCAAUGCGAGGUAUGAUCUCACAAUCAGAGACACUGAAAGCACAGAGGACUUUGUUUUGCCCAAGAAAGACAAACUAGUGUGCUGGAUAGUUAGUAACAAAAACCCUGGAACUGGAACAGCUGUGAGAGAACAAUAUUAUCGUGAACUAUCUAAACACAUCAACAUCAGUCUCUUUGGUAAAGCCUAUACUGGGAACGUUUUAAGUCAUGAGGUGUACUACUCAACAAUUGCUAGCUGUAAGUUUUACCUCUCAUUUGAGAACUCUAUCCACAGAGACUAUAUCACAGAGAAGGUCAACGGGCCCCUGGUGGCGGGGACGGUCCCUGUAGUUUUGGGUCCGCCGAGAGAAAACUAUGACCAAUUCUUUCCCUCUGAUGCCUUCAUCCACAUAAAUGAUUUCCCUGAUGCAAAGUCACUGGCUGCCUUUCUGCUGAACAUGAAGGACGAGGAAUACGCACGUUACUUUGAGUGGAGAAAGUUCUUCACAGUCAAACCUCACCUGCUGACCGUCCAAAAUGAAUUCAUUCAGCCUAUAUGCCACGCUUGCAGACACAUGUCAAGGGACAGGGAUUUCCAUAUAGUUCACGACCUUUAUGACUGGUACUUUGAAUGAAAACAUCAAAUUGAACGUCUCUUGAUGUUGGCUCAACCAUGUGGAUGCACACUUUCUGUUUAAAGUACAUGUGAUCAACGGGAAUUAUCAUACGGUUUUGGAAUUUAUUGUCCCUCUUGUAGAAAAUUAGCUUAGCUUGAAGACUGGAAAAGGGAAAAGCAGCUAGCAGGUAUUCUUCCUCUGUUAAUAUUAACAUUUUUAUGACCUCCUUUAAACUCUUACUUUGUCAACCUGUAGUGUUCCCCAACUGAAAGGUUGAUUGUGUUUCCUGAAGCUAAAGCACAUCUUGCUCUUAAACAAGUAAGACCAGGUGAGAUGAAGAUAAAGAUGCUUUUGGCAGGUUGUGUUCAGCUUGUUUGUCGGGUCAAAUGAUCAUUGUGGCUUUUGUUUCAUUUCUUUACAAACCCCCCUGAGGGUGGGAGAAGAUUGAUGGGGAAUGUGCAUGGUGUUAUUCAUGUG